AUGCCCUCGCAGAAAAUUGCCAUCCUGUCUGUCUAUGACAAGACAGGCCUUCUCGAUCUCGCCAAAGGUCUGAUCCAGAAUAAUGUUCGUCUCUUAGCCUCCGGGGGCACAGCAAAGCUGAUCCGGGAAGCUGGCUUUGACGUCGAAGAUGUCUCCGCCAUCACCAAUGCCCCCGAAAUGCUCUCCGGCCGCGUCAAGACCCUCCAUCCGGCAGUACACGCAGGUAUCUUGGCACGAGACCUCGCUUCGGACGAGAAAGACCUUGCCGACCAGAACAUCAACAAAGUCGACUACGUCGUGUGUAACCUGUACCCGUUCAAGAACACUGUUGCCAAGGUCAACGUCACCAUCCCUGAAGCCGUGGAAGAGAUUGACAUUGGCGGUGUCACCUUGAUCAGAGCUGCCGCAAAAAAUCAUACCCGAGUCACCAUCCUCAGCGACCCCCAUGACUAUCCCAUCUUCCUGCAGGAGCUCGAGAAGGGUGACAUCCCGGCAGAAACGCGGCAGAGGUACGCUCUCAAGGCAUUCGAACACACCGCCGACUACGAUGCUGCCAUCGCCGAUUUCUUUCGCAAGCAAUAUGCCGGGAAUGGAGUCCAACAGCUUUCGCUACGCUAUGGCGCAAACCCUCACCAGAAGCCUGCUGCCGCCUUUGUUCGAGAUGGCAACCUUCCCUUCAAAGUUCUGGGCGGGUCUCCAGGAUACAUCAACCUGCUUGACUGCCUCAACGCUUGGCCACUGGUCAAGGAGCUCAAGCAAGCACUUGGGCUACCAGCGGCAGCCAGUUUCAAACAUGUCUCGCCCGCCGGUGCUGCUAUUGGCGUGCCGUUGACCGGCACAGAACGAAAGGUAUACAUGGUUGAUGACAUUGACGGGAUUGAGAGUUCCGGCCUCGCGCAAGCAUAUUCCCGCGCCCGCGGUGCAGAUCGCAUGUCCAGCUUCGGCGACGUCAUUGCACUCUCCGAUACCUGUGAUGUACCGACUGCGAAAAUUAUCUCUCGAGAAGUUUCUGAUGGUGUCAUUGCGCCUGCCUACGAACCUGCGGCAUUAGAGAUCCUCAAGAAGAAAAAGGGGGGCAAGUACCUCGUCCUCCAGAUGGACGAGGCCUACGAACCGCCUUCUCAAGAAACUCGGACAGUCUACGGCGUUACCCUCACUCAGGGACGCAACGAUGUCAAAAUCUCACCCACCAAGACAUUCAACUCUGUCAUCCGCCCAAAGAAUUCCCCCAAAUUGUCUGACUCGGCAUUACGCGACCUCACUAUCGCGACGAUCGCCGUGAAAUACACACAAUCCAACUCUGUCUGCUAUGCCUUCAAUGGGCAAGUUAUUGGUUUGGGCGCCGGUCAACAAAGUCGUAUCCACUGCACCCGACUGGCCGGAGACAAGGCUGAUAACUGGUGGAUGCGCUUCCACGAGCGCACUCUUUCAAUAUCAUGGGCCAAAGGUAUCAAGAGACCGGAGAAGUCCAAUGCCAUCGAUAUGCUAUGUUCAGGCCAAGUGCCACCCCAGAGCGAAUUCGAGACCAAGGACUACGAGCGCAGUUUUGCCGAAGGCUCUGUUCCGAAACCGUUCACCCCGGAAGAGCGCCGAGAAUGGCUGUCGAAGCUCAGCGAAGUCGCCGUAUCAAGUGACGCCUUUUUUCCAUUUGUCGACAACGUUUACCGAGCGGCCAGGAGCGGUGUCAAAUAUAUUGCUGCCCCUACAGGUUCGCAGAAUGACGGUGCGGUCUUCGAUACAGCGGAGAACUUGGGAAUUACAUUCAUUGAGCAGAGCACCCGCCUCUUCCAUCACUAG